AUGAGUUUUUGGGAGAUCCUGCUUUGGACGUCCUUAGCAUCCCUCUUGACGACUCUCCUGGGCGGACUGUAUGCCAUGGGGACCUUCCGGGCGAGAAGACCCAGGGAGCCCCCCUUGGAUAAAGGUUUCAUCCCAUGGCUAGGAUAUGCUAUAAAUUUCAAGAAGGACCCCGUCCAGUUUCUGCAAAGGAUGAGGAAGAAGCACGGGGAUGUCUUCACCGUCCUGGUGGGUGGCAACUAUCUGCACUUCGUCAUGGACCCUCAUACCUACAGGCACAUCGUAAAGGAGCCCAAGAAUAAACUGGAUUUUUAUAUGUUUGCCUCUGUGAUUGUGUUCAACGCGUUCGGUUUCCACUCCUCCGAAUGCCACCAUAAGAUCGUGCAAACCUUCAGCAACAAGUAUCUCAGCGGUCAGAACCUCUCCACCUUGAACCAGGUGAUGAUGGCCAACCUGCAGAAAGUCCUCUUUCAUCGCCAGGAGCAGAAACGGUCCUGGCAGCAGGACGGCGUCCUCCACUUCAGCUACAGGAACAUGUUCCAAGCGGCUUAUCUGACCCUGUUUGGGACCGAGCCAGAGGGAGGCGUAGAGAAGAAAGAUGCUCUAAAGGAGAAUGAGUUGACACACUAUGGCGAGAUGUUCGAAGCUUUUCAAAGAUUCGACCGUUUCUUUCCGCAGAUGGCCUUCAGCCUGCUGGAUCCUCUGGGCAAGAGGGAGACGCAGCGGCUGAAAAACAUCUUCUGGGACAUCCUGUCGCUAGAAAAAGUGUACCAGAAGGACAACAUCAGCAGCUGGGUUCUGGAGCAGGACAAGCGGAUGGCCGAGGUAGGCAUGACAGAAAAGGUGAGGACCCGGUUCUUGUUUCUGCUCCUCUGGGCGUCUCAAGCUAACACGGGCCCGGCGACCUUCUGGAUUCUGGUGCAUCUCCUGAAACAUCCAGAAGCGAUGGAGGCAGUGAGGGAAGAAGUAGACGAAGCCCUACGAGAAGCCGGUCAGGAGGUCAAGCCGGGCUGCCCCAUUGGCAACGUGACCUUGAGUGCCCUCAAGACUCCCUUUCUGGAGAGCGCCAUAGAGGAAACGUUACGCUUGAAGACAUCGCCGUUUCUGUUCAGAAGUGUGAUGCAAGACACGGAUAUCAAGACAUCGGAUGGAAGAGAAUACACCUUACGCAAAGGAGACCACCUCCUUCUUUUCCCCUUCCUCGCCCUGCACAUGGAUCCAGAAAUCUACCCGGAUCCUCACGUCUUCAAAUAUGACCGGUUUAUCAGCCCAAACGGCACCAAGAAAGAAUUCUAUAAAGACGGGAUAAAGCUGAAGCAUUCCACCAUGCCCUUUGGCGCCGGACCCUCCAUGUGUCCCGGGCGGUUCUUUGCUAUGAGUGAAAUGAAGAUAUUCGUGAUUCUGAUGCUCACCUAUUUUGACAUGGAACUGGUCAAGAAAGAAGAGGAAAUUCCUGCCAUCGACGCACGGCGCUACGGGUUUGGAACGGCACACCCUUCGCACGAUAUUCAGUUUAGAUAUCGAUUGAGGUUCUAA